ACAAUGAAUUAUGUUUUCUCAGAACCUGCUCACAAGGCACGGCUUUUCUUGCUGGUUCUUGUCCAGGGAAUUCUCUUUUGGACAGAGGAGAAUGUGUUUUGGAAUAUAUUCUUGUGUAUAUCAUGAAGUUAUACUUCACCCUAAAAGAUGUGGUUAUAGUCCAACUGGCCUAUCUGGAAGUGUGCAGCAAAAGAAGGCAUGCAAAGCUGGGAAAAAGGGGGUCUUUUGAUUGACAAGUCAAACGCCCAAUAGGGAGCGAGUUACGGUACAGACGGGUCUGAUGAACCAGCCCAAAGGCAAUUAAGGGUAAAGAACGAAAAAACUUGAUAUAACUUUUCUGAUGGCGGCGGAGGAGAUGCUGUAUAAAUGUAACAUCAUAUGGAUAUGUCUUAUUGCAUGUGAAUGUGUAUCCGUUUAAAGCGAUAAACAUAAUCUGAACGAUCUGUUCUGGACGAUGGAAGUUCGUGAGAUGAAGUUAUAUUAACCGACUGUCACGGAAAUCGCAAGCGGAUCUACUUGGGAAGAAAAAAAGUUACAUAAAGAGAUGAACAAUGGGGAGAGGAAAAUGAGCAGCCGCUCUGGUGAUUGAGGAUAACUUUUAAUAUUUUAAUUUAAUUAAAGCAAGCUCGCGAACGGGAAACCGGAGAGUGCACGGUGACAUUCUGGCCAAGCUUUAUGACAGCCCACGAGUUUUAGACGGAGCCGAUAUUGACCGAAGUGCAAGGGAAGUGAUUUAUCAGUCGCCGGUCUCGGUCAUACUUUUCUCGGAGUGGUGAGAUGGGGGCAGCGCCGGGCUCGGGAUGGGAGGAGGGAGAGUUCGAGUUCAAGCUGGUGUUCGAGGAGGAUCCGCCGCGCCAGAGCCGCUGCGGCCCUGAGGAGAUGACAGAGAGCGGCCAGACGCAUCAUGAGCCAGCCGGCUUCAGUGAUAUUCAGGUGACAUCCACACAUGCUGGUCAGCCAGUGGGCAUACCUUUGCCUUCACCAUCAGCCAGUCACAGGGCUGGCAUGCAUUCCCCACCCCCCAGAAGGGCAUUAAUCAGGGAUUUCAGUGGGACUUAUGAAAGUCUGCCAGCUAGAUCAAUACAGGUAUCAGAGUCUAGAGUCCUCGAGUGUCCCAGCAUCCAGAUCACCACUAUUUCCCCUGAGGAUGAGUCAGGCCCAGCAGGUGGAAGUUACUGGGACAGUGGGGGUGGCUGGGACAGGGAGCGUCUAUACCUGCCCCUGUUAGACUCCUACCGUGAUGUCAUGACAGGGACAGGUUCCCUCAGUCCCAGCCCCAGCCCUGCUUCUAGUUCCUCAUCUCGUGGAUGGCUGAGUCCAGCUUCCAGCUGUGAUUCUCUUCUAGUGGAGGAGGAGGAGCUUAAUGAAGCCACUGCUCACUUCUGCUUAUCGCCUUCCUCGCGUCCCACAUCUCCUGGGGGCAAAAAGCGCAGGAACUCCCCGCUGGCCUCCCCCAGCACCUCUCGCAGAGGCAGCUACUCGGAGGAUCAAUCCUCCAUUCCAGACACAGGAGAAACCUCAGGUCAGGCUCCAGGAAGCUGUGAGCUCAACAUCCCACAGAAGACCAGGAAGACCUCUCUGGAACAGGUAUCAUCCCGAGAUAUUGAGCCAGAGCCGAACUCUCCCUGCCCCCUCCCAGAGGCUCCUCAGCUGAGAAGAGAUCCCUCAACAAUAGGCAUGGACUAUCUAUCUGUGCCUCCUGCUCUGGGUUGGGGCAGAACCAGGGCAAGCGCUCACAGUCCUCUCUUUAGGUCUAAUGCACUACCGCCACUUGACUGGCCCCUGCCUUCCCAGUUUGACCAGUAUGAACUGCGCAUAGAGGUGCAGCCACGGCCGCACCAUCGUGCUCAUUAUGAAACUGAAGGCAGUCGAGGAGCAGUUAAGGCAUCACCUGGAGGCCAUCCAGUGGUCAAGCUCGCGGGUUACACUGAGAGACAACCACUCUCCUUACAGGUGUUUGUAGGAACGGCUGAUGACAGAUCAAUACGGCCUCAUCCUUUUUACCAAAUACACAGAGUGACAGGUAAGAUGGUGGGCACAGCUAGUCAGGAAAGCAUUCAGGCUGGCACCAAACUCCUGGACAUCCCACUCAACCAAGAGAACAACAUGACUGCCCUCAUUGACUGUGCAGGUAUUCUAAAGCUGAGGAACUCUGACAUUGAGCUCAGGAAAGGAGAGACAGAUGUGGGUAGAAAGAACACUCGAGUGCGUUUGGUGUUUCGCAUACAUCUCCCACUGUCCCCGCCCAUCGUCCUGCCAGGACGGGUCUUAGCUCUGCAGGUGGCCUCCUUACCCAUUGAGUGCUCACAGCGCUCUGCACAGGAGCUUCCUGUAGUUGAGUCUGUCAGUCUCACUUCCUGUUCAGCUGAGGGAGGGGAGGAGCUUCUGUUGGGAGGGACCAACUUUCUUCCCACUUCCAGAGUCUUCUUUAUGGAAAGAGGAUCAGAUGGCAAAGUUCAGUGGGAGGACGAAGCACAAGUGGACAGGGACAAAAGCAAUGAGAGUUUGCUUUGUGUACGAGUGCCAGCCUAUAGUGAUCUUUCACCGAGUCACCCGAUGUCUGUCUGCCUGUAUGUGUCCAAUGGGAAGAGGAAGAGGAGCAGCACACACUGCUUUAAAUAUCUGCCUAAAGAAGAUCCACUCCUGUCCCGACCUUCCAUCUUGCCCCUGGAAGGUGUGACGCUUUGCCCCAUGGGGACUAGCAGCACAGAAGACAGGGGUUUACACUUAAGGCCAGACCUAUCUACUUAUGACAGAGGCAUGUCCUUCCACCUGCAUCCAUAUCCUAAUGAGUUCUCCUACUCCUCACAAGGCUACCAGGAUGAGUACCGCCUCAAACCAGAGGUCCCUGAGGACAUCGGAGGGAGAAGUGCCCUGACCGAAAGGCAUCCCAGCUUUGAGAGCCUGGAGCUGGGUUUCACAGAGCUGCUUCCUCCCAUGUAUCCAAGAGCCUCACAACCUCUUUCCCCUUCUCCGUCUCCCUGGCUGGACUCCCCCUAUCUGUCCUCCUCACCCUCUCCCUCACACUCUUGCUCUUUGAGCCCAUUUCCAGCCAGCAGUCCAAUCUCCACCUCUCCCAUUCCUCCACUCUCUCAUUCCCCAUAUCCCCAUUGUCCUUUCCCCCAAGAGAUGUGCUCCUCGCCUCCAUCAAACACUAGCCACUAUCAUGACCUGUGCCCACCACAAUAUGGCCAAUACGAGAGCUGGGAGAACCAGAUGCACCCCUCUGAAAGAGACCCGGCCUCUAGACUGAAGCUGGAGGCGACCCCAGACUUCACAGGGUCCUCAUCGAUGCAGCAUAUCACACUGGAGGAAGUGAAUGAAUUCAUUGGAGAAGAUAUCAGAUCUUUUCAGAUGGGAUCACACAUGUAGACCAGGAUGACGACAUUCUCCCCAUAACAGCCCAACGAUAAUCAGUGUACAGUUAAUAUCAUAUCAACAUUCCAUGUAUGAUUUUAUAUUGGAAGUAUGAUAUAUUGCUUAUUAUGGCAAUAAUAAGGACUGUGCUACUUUAGUGGUGGAUCUGUGGUAAAAACAGAAGGCAGGUAUACAGUUGUAAGUAUGUUCAUAUGUAACUGUUACUGCAUCCUGACUGCAUAUUUGAAUGGAACUAAUUUUUUUAAUCUGUA